UUCAACCGUAGUUGAUUUCCCAGCCGCAGCAGUAUGGUGCCUCCAGGGAAAAAGCCAGCUGGGGAGACUUCAAAUUCCAAUAAAAAGUGUAAACGCUAUUUCAAUGAGCACUGGAAGGAAGAAUUUACCUGGCUGGAGUUUGACUAUGAGAGGAAACUCAUGUUUUGCAUAGAGUGUCGGCAGGCACUGGUGAAGAACAAGCACGGUAAGGCGGAAAACGCCUUCACCGUGGGCACGGACAACUUCCAGCGGCACGCGCUGCUGCGGCACGUCACCUCGGGCGCGCACCGCCAGGCGCUGGCCGUGAACCGCGAGCAGCUGGCCUUCGAGAGCCGCGGCCACCCCGAGCUGCGCUCGCUCAUCAAGGUGGAGGUGAACCCGGCCAAGGUGGCUGUCCUCACCACCGUCUACUGGAUGGCCAAGGAGGACAUCCCCGAUGAGAAGUGCUCCUCCCUGCUCAGCUUCCAGAAGUUCAACCUGUGCCAGGCGCUGCUGGCGUCGGAGCACAGCGAGUAUUACCACCCUGGCAGCGUCAGGGAGAUGCAGGCAGCCAUUGCCAAAGUCCUCCACAAUGAGGACAGGCACAGGAUCAAAGCCUCGCCGUUCAUUGGGCUGGUGGUGGACGAGACUGUGGACGUCCUGGAGCACCGCAGCCUCGCCAUGUUCACCACCACUGUCUCCCCCUGCAACGGGCAGACCUCCACCACCUUCCUGGGCAGCUUCGAGCUGCCCGCCGGGGAGGCCUCCACCGUGGCAGGCAAGGUGGGUGAGGUGAUGCGCUCCUUCGGCAUCCCCACCAUGAAGCUCACCUGGCUCAGCGCUGACAGUGCCUCGCCGGUGGCCGAGCGGCUGAGCGGGGUGGGCACGGCGCUGAGCUCGCUCUGCCCGCUCCUCACCGAGGUGCACUGCCUGUCCCACGGCACCUCCCUGCUGCUGGCCGAGAGCAUCAGCACCAUCGAGUACCUCCAGAAGUACGAGACCACCGUGGAUGCCGUGUAUAGGCUCUACUCCAGCUUCCAGGGGGAGGGCAAUAGCCUGCAGGAGCUGCGGGUAGUGCUGGACCUCUGUGAGAUAGACCUUGGGAGCCCCAAAGCCAUCCACUGGACUUCUAUCUUCCCAGCUGUAGAAGCCAUCGACUCCUCAUGGCCCACACUGGUGCUGCUGCUGGAGAGCGAGGCCGAGCGCUCACCCGUGGCCCGUGGCCUCUGCGAAGAGCUCAAGAAGUUCCAGUUUGUGGCCUUCACCAAGAUCCUCCUGGAUGUCCUCCCCAUCUUCCAGAAGCUCAGUCGCUUCUUCCAGAUCGAGGACUUUGACCUCUCCAUCCUGAAGCCCAUAGUCUCAGCCACAGCCACCACGCUGCAGGCCCAGCAGAGCACCAGCGGCCAGAACCUCCGGGAGUUCCUCAGCGAGAUGGACAAGCACCUGCAGGACGGCCGGGAGGGCGAGAGCCGCCUCUACUACAAGGGUGUGGAGCUGGCCAACUGCUCCCAAGUGCACCUGAAACACUUUGAGCACCUGAAGGACAGCUACCUGGAGAGGGUGCGGGGCAACCUGCUGGACAGGUUCCCCAGCAGCGUCCUGGAGGCCAUCAGCUCCUUCUCUGCCAUCUUCAACCCCAAGUGCUACCCGCAGUCUCUGGAGGACAUUGGCAGCUACGGGGUCAGCGAGCUGAAUUUCCUGCUGCAGGUGUACUCACGGGUGGUGGUGAGCGAACGGGCCCUGAGCGACUUCCCGCUCUUCAAGCGCAUCGUCUUCAGCCUCAGCCAGCUCUCCUUCAAGGACCUCUGCGUCAAGCUGGUCUACAGCAGCUCUGAGAUGCACGAACUCUUCCCAGACUUCGCUGUGCUGGCAGCCAUUGCCCUGGCCUUGCCGCUGGGCUCGGUCCUUGCCGAGAAGAUGAGCCGGGGCCGGGAGCUGCUGAGGCGCGGCCGGCCGCGCCACGCGAAGGCCGAGGGGCUCUCUGACCUCAUGAAGAUCGCCAUCGACGGGCCGGCCGUCAGCGAGUUUAACUUUGCACUGGCCAUCGAGUACUACGAGAGCAUGAGGGAGCCUGGGUUCAUCGUGGCGCAGGUGAAGUGAGCGUGGUGCUGAGGCCGGGGCCUGCGGGCAGAGCCGGGCCUGCGGGCAGCUCAGCGCUGCCUUUCCACGUCACUGCUCGCUGCUGGGGCCGGGCAGCCACAGGGAGUUGUGGCCUGGGAAGAGAAAACAGGAUCCUUUGCAAGCCGUGCAGGGGAUGGUGACCUGCUCUGUGCUGGGAAGAGAAAACAGGAUCCUUUACAAAGCCAUGCUGGUCCCAUGACCACCCCUCCCUCAUGCCCCAAACCUCUGUUUGAAUCUCCCAGAAUUCAGAAUCCUGAGAUCCUAAACUGAGAUGAGUUUUUUCCAAGGGUUUGUCAUUUUUUUUUUUUUCUUCGGGAGAUGAAGGCAAAGCUCUUGAGCUCAAAUGUCACGUUGCCUUUGCACAGAGAUACCCAGCAGCUUUUGCUUAAUGCUCUGCAAAAAGAUGGGAUUUCUGUUAUUCUGGAGCCUGGAGAAUGAAUGCAGAAAAGGCAGCACAUCCUCCGAGCUCUGCGCCGACCCCAACAUGCCUGGCGGUGUCGUGUUGGUGUUCCUUGCACACAGCACAGGGUAUUUUUAGCUGUGGCAUCAAGUCAUGAUCAUUUCAAGAGCAAGAGGUUUAGGGAAUGAUAUUGUAAUGGCUGAGGAAAUAGUAACUUUAAAUGCAUCAUUGUGUACAUAUGUGUAUGUGUGUAUAUAUAUAAAUAUACAUAUAUAAAUAUCUAUAUUAAAAAGGUCUAUCUUAAUUUUUCUAAAGUUUAAAGUAUCUAAAAGGACA